AGAUUAAACCGUGAUGUUGCUUUGUUCCGUUUGCCUAGAGACGAUGCAUUUGGCAGGGAUGUGGUGGUGCGUGUUCUACCUGAACGUGGCCUUCACCUGCGCAAUGAUGCGAGAGUACUACAUCGCAGCCAAGGAAAUAUACUGGGACUACGCACCGUCGGGGAGGAAUCUUAUCAAGAACAUCAGCAUUUCAGACGAUGAACAAGCCAUAUUGACUCUGCAAAGGGGGCCGGAGCGCAUUGGCCGGAUAUACAAGAAGGCGGUGUACAUCCAGUACACGGACGGCAGUUUCACGCAAGAAAUUCCCAAGGACCCGUGGCUGGGAUACCUGGGCCCCACCAUGAAGGCGGAGGUGCACGACGUCAUCGCGGUCUACUUCAAGAACCUCGCGUCGCGCCCGUACAGCAUGCACCCCCACGGCGUCUUCUACAGCAAAGCGUCAGAAGGCGCCAACUAUCCAGACGGGCAGGAGUUCGGCUCGAAGGGCGAGUUCGUGCUGCCCGGCCAGACGCACACCUACCACUGGGUGGUGAGGGACGAAACCUCGCCCGGGAGCGACGACCCCAACUGCUUCACGUGGAUCUACCACUCGCACGUCAAUGAGCCCAAGGAUGUCAACUCGGGCCUCAUCGGGGCCCUGCUCACCUGUCGCAAAGGAAUCCUACUUUUGGGAACCGCCGAACGCCAAGACGUGGGCGAGGACUUCAUCUUGAUGUUCACCAUCGUUGACGAGAACAACAGCUGGUACCUGGAGGACAACAUCCGAGAAACCAUUGCCGACCCGCGCAGUCUGGACCGGAGCGACCUGCACUUUCAGAGGAGCAACUUCAAGACGAGCAUCAACGGCUACAUGUACGGGAACCUGCCGGGCCUGAACAUGUGCAGCGAGGUCAACGUGUCGUGGCACAUCUUUGGGCUUGGCUCCGAGGUGGACAUUCACACGGCUCACUUCCGAGGGCAGGCGCUCACGAGCAAGCACCACCGCGUGGACACCGUAGGCCUCUUCCCCGCCACCUUUGUCACCGCCCUGAUGGUGCCCACCAACCCAGGCCGCUGGCUCCUCGCCUGCGAUGUCAAUGAGCACUUUGCAGGUGAGAGGGUUUUACUCACCGUCGCCAUUCACUGCCAGAUGCUGAGCCAGAGUCAAUAUUUAGCAUCGCUUGGAGAGCCUCGCGCUGCGUGGACAGGUGGCAUGCAGGCCGCCUUCAACGUCCUGGAGUGUCAGGGCUCGAACCAAAGCGUUUGGCACUCAGACGGGGAGGAGAGGACCUUCUUCAUCGCCGCUGAGGAAGUGGACUGGGACUACGGCCCAUCAGGCAUCAACAACGCGACGGGCGAGGAUCUGACCCAGCCUGGAAGCCAACUAAGCGGCCUGACCUCUGAGCCACCCCGUCCAUCUCCCCGCUCUUGUAUGUAUGCGCGUCAUUGCCAUUCGUCGUGUGGGAACUUUGUCCGUGACUGCUCUAGUGAUUCCGAGAAGUACUUCACGAAAGGGCCCAGCCGCAUUGGAGGCGUGUACAGGAAAAUCCUCUACACGGAGUACACGGACGCAAGCUUCACCGCCAGGAGGCAGCGAACGCCCAAGCAGAGGCACAUGGGGAUGCUAGGGCCCGUGCUGCGAGCAGAGGUCGGGGAUGAGCUCGUCGUCACGUUCAAGAACAUGGGCAGCCGGGGCUACAACAUCCAUCCACAUGGUGUAUUCGCGAGCAGCGAGCAUGUCGCCAAGGGGAAUUAUGGUGAGAUGGAUCCUUUAAAAGCUUGGGCAAUUUGUUGGCGCUGGGUUUCUGCUUGCUGCUUGUUGCCUUCCCCUCUUGUCCGUGGUUUCCCCACGCCGACCUGUACUUUAUUUUAUUUUACAGAGCUCCACAAGGUGGCAGCAGUGCCCGCGGGAGGCAUGCACACGUACCGCUGGGCGGUACCCCAGGGCGCCGGCCCCACCCAGGCGGAUGAGCCUUGCAUCACCUACCUGUACACCAGCUCGGUCGACCACGUACGGGAUGGCCACUCGGGCCUGGUCGGACCGCUGCUCAUCUGCCGCAACGGCUCCCUGGACCAGCACGGCGACCAGAGUGGCACGGACGAGGAGGUGUUCCUGCUCUUUGACGUCGUGAACGAGGGCCUGAGCUGGUACCUGCCGUGGAAUAAGCAGCGGAACAAUGUGACUGCACCCGACGAUGACUCCAGCUUCCGAGAGGCAAACCUCCGCCACAGUAAGCAAGGCGACGUAACAUUCGGGAACGAGGGAGCCCUGACCCAUUGUGCGUUGACGCGUGCCUCCCUGGAAGCCAUCAACGGGUUUAUGUUUGGGAACCUGCCUGGCCUGGAGGUGUGCGUGGGCAAGCGCGUCUCGUGGCACGUGCUGGCCGUGGGCUCUCAGGCUGACCUGCACACGGCCUACUUCACGGGACAGACGCUGCUCUUUGACCUCCGCCGUGUGGACACCAUCGCCCUCUUCCCUCACCUCUCCUACACUGCCCUCAUGCUCACCGACACCACAGGUGGAUUUGAAUUAAUGUGCCGGACAAAUGAGCACUUUAACGAAGGCAUGAGAGCCAAGUUUAGAGUAUCAGAAUGCGGGAUGCCACCUGGACCGGUGUUUGUUCCGCAAAGGGAGCGAACAUACUAUCUGGCAAUCCGUGAGGAGGUCUGGGACUACGCUCCCAACCGCAGCUGGGAAAUGAAAAUGCACAACACCACCAAUCCAGCACUCAGCCCAGCAAAUAAAUUCCUCGGAAGUGGAGAGACCAGAAUCGGCAGUAGAUACAAGAAGGUCAGAUUCGUGGAAUUCACCGACGACAGCUUCAAAAAUCCGAAAGUGCGUACGACUGAGGAAGAGCACCUUGCUGCACUAGGUAAAGUUUCCCUCUGGGUAAAUAAGCACAACACUUGGAAGAUGUAUAAACGUGAAGACACCCACAAAGUUGAUUGUCAAACGUAUCAAGGCGAGUGGAGAGGAGUUAUAUUACGUCAUGGUAACGUGCCGUGCCUCGUUGUCGAGCUGCGUGCAGGCCCGCUGCUGAAGGGGCAGGUCGGGGAACUCUUAGUGGUGGUGCUGUGGAACAGGGCUUCUCGUCCCUACUCCAUCCACUCACACGGAGUCAUCAGCGACGUUCCCGGGGGCCUCCCGCUCAAGCCAGGAGCAAGGAAAACGUACAGAUGGCAAAUCCCAGAUCGCUCCGGCCCUUCACAAGCUGACACGAACUGCAUCACCUGGAUAUACUAUUCUGCGGUGGACUUCGUCAGGGUGAGCGCUAAACAUCAGGAUGUCACAUCACGUGACCACACUUAUUCAAUAUGUUCACCACUCCGGAUUGUACGUUUGGAGUCUCACUUUGACCCGAACUCGGGGUUGGUGGGGCCACUGGUGGUGUGCCGCUCUGGGUUGCUUGACGACUCGGGCCACCGUAACGAUGUGGCCCACGAGUUUGCUCUCCUCUUUAUGGUCUACGAUGAGAACCUGUCCUGGUACCUGCGGGACAACAUCGACAACUUCACGGGGAAUCCCGGUGCUGUGGACGUCGCCGACAAGGACUUCCGUGAGAGCAAUCUCAUGCACAGCAUCAACGGCAUGACUUUCGGUAAUCUGAAUGGGCUCAACAUGGGGCUCAAGGAGCGCGUGGACUGGUACUUGAUGGGUCUGGGCGGAGAACUCGAUAUGCACACCAUUCACUUCCACGGGCAGACAUUCCGAUACAAGGUGGCGGGUAAGGACACGGUGUCAGACGUGUACGACGUGUUUGCGGGGACCUUCGUCACGGUGGAGAUGACGACGGACAACCCUGGCACGUGGCUCCUGCACUGCCACGUUCAUGACCACAUCGAGGCUGGCAUGGUGGCAUUUUUCCAGAUCAAGACCAAACCCUUAGUAACCGCGAACCCUACGGAGAAGACCGCAAUUGGACAACACUCCUCUGCCUCUUCUCACACCGGCUUAUAUUCCCUUGCGUUGAGCCAACUGUGCGUCAAACUCUUGGUGGCCAGUCACCUGCUACACAUUUACGUACACGAGUCGUCGUAGGGUUUCAAAGCAAAUUUGGAAAAUUUAUAUCAGAGAUAAAUAUCAACAUUUUCUCCCAUAAUGCUAGAUAAGGCUCAAUGAUCCGUCCCAAGUGGAAUUGUGUUGUAAUAUGUGCUGUAAUUGCAUAGUUAUUAUAAUGUGCAUGAUGUCAUGUAUGAAAACGGCGGAACGCAUCUGAGAUGGCGUACACUGAGGAGACAAAGCAGCGGCAAACGGCUCGUGUGUCGGUGCUGGGGGCUCGGUGAAACAUUCGUCCAGCAGUCGGCUGUUGAUGGCGGUAACUGUCACAGGAAGGAUGAGAUAAAGUAGCCUGUUGUGGUGCUGCUAUGUGUAGCGUACGGGACUCGAAUCAGUAAAUGUGCUUUCGCGGUGUUAUUGCUUUGGUCUUGGAGGUUUGCGUGCACCUAACGUAGAGUACCUGCGAAUUGUAUUUCGUGCAAGAGAGUGAAUUCCACGUGCUUGUGAUGGAACGUGAACGUGUACUCGGUCUUCUACGCGGGGGAGAGGCGUGUGAGUUUUGACGGAGUACUGAAGGUGCGCCCUGAAUUUGCGUUCACGUUUUUGUAUUUGCAGACAUUGUGAAUGUGCAAAGCCAAGUGCUGCUCUUCUUGUCUCACAAGGGAGCCUCUUGUGCAAAAAAACAUAAAACAUCUGACGAUAAAAAAUGUUUCGUUCAUAUUUUGUUUUAGAAACACACCGAAUGUCGUGGAAUGGCUUUUUGUUUAUUUACUUUCGCAGAGAUAAUCAUAAAGGCAUUUACGGAAAUAUGCAUUUACGAGCAGAAGAUAACUUGAAAACGACACGUACUGAAGCUGUAAUAAACCCCAGCUUGAAGCCGAUGUUUUGACAUA